GCCUUGCCUCCCUCUCCCUUCCCACCCCGGGCCAGGAUGCCGCAGUUCCAGACCUGGGAGGAGUUCAGUCGCGCAGCCGAGAAGCUUUACCUCGCCGACCCUAUGAAGGCACGUGUGGUUCUCAAAUAUAGGCAUACUGAUGGAAGUCUGUGUAUUAAAGUAACAGAUGAUUUAGUUUGUUUGGUGUAUAGAACAGACCAAGCUCAAGAUGUAAAGAAGAUUGAAAAAUUCCACAGUCAACUAAUGAGACUUAUGGUAGCCAAGGAAUCCCGCAGUGUUGCCAUGGAAACGGACUGAAUGGUUUAAAAUGAGGACUGUCCUGUUUUAGGAAGUAAAUAUCUUUUGAAUUUGAGAAACUUUCAAGACAGAAAAUACUUUAUGUAACUGAGUAUGCUAUUCGAGAUCUGAUCAAUACCUGAGAGAUGUUUUUUGGACUUUGUUAUUUAAUGUUUACAUUAGAGAGCGAGAGAGCCUUUAUUUAUUUUUGGAAAUUAAGCAAGUUACUCAUCUAAGAAAGCUUUGCAGAUUAUUUUAUGUUAGGCAAAAUAUAUAAUUAUUUCUCUGGUAAAUUUGUAUCAACAAUUUGAAAAUGAGGUAUCAGGAAAAGCCAGUUAUUCCUUAGAUUUAAUCUGUCUUUAAAAGAAAAUUACAUGUAAACAUUUUGCUGCAUCGAUACUUCUUUUGGAGCAUAAAAAUUUGUGCUGUUAAUGACCAACAUAUAUAAAAUGUGGUCACUGGAAUUAACUAUGCACAUAGUAUAUCUAAUUAUGUAUAGUAGUAUAAUCUCAAUUAUAUCUAAAAGUAAUUUUGAAUGACAAGUAUGCUUUCUUUUAAACUUUCCAGAUUUAGGCUAUAUUUUUGAACGUGAGGGAUUUGUAUUGUCAUUGCUUGUUGAGCUAUGACUUACUCUAAAUCCAUUUUUCAAUGAUAAAAAUAACUGCAGUUACUUUGAAUGGUUAAAAACGGAAUGAUGAUCUCUAAUGGACUGAAACUACCGUAUUACAGAGAUAUUUACUAUGUAUUUCCUAUCUGUAGUUUCUCAGAAGGGCUAAGGAUUAUUUGAGUUGUUAAGUCUUUGCAUAUUUCCAUCACACCGCUCCCCAUUUUUUCUCUUGUUGUUAAGCAUGACUCACAGCUGUUUCGUUUUCUAGUUAAUUAGUGUGUGAUAUUAUUUGAUAUUUAUUUAUAUUUGUAACCUGUAUUUUACCACCUAAACGUAAUGUUCACAUGUUAAUUCCUCAAGAGUCAAAUGAAGGAACUACAUUAAAAUAUUUUUUGUUAGAAAUUUGUCAUGUCGAGCAACACUUUAGUAUGGAAAGGUCUAUCAUCGCUAUGAAUUUUGCUAUGCAUCAAAGAAGUCAGCAAAUAAAAUAUUACACAAAUAUAUAUUCUGUUGAAGUCUUUAACUUCUCAAGAGUUAAUGAUUUCUUGAGGCAUACUGUAUGGGGCAUACUGUAUUUGUUUAGUCUAAUGUGAGCCUAAUGUUACUGAAAAAAAUGUCUUUUUGGAUUUUUAUUUCUCAGCACUUACUAUAUGAUUUUCUGAGCUGUAUGUUGAGGUUAAGAUUGUUUUCUUGAAUAAGGAAAGUAACAUCAAAUCACGUAGGGUUUUAUGGUUUUGAGAGGAGUUUUUCUGCUCCAUAAUUAUUGGGGUCACUGAGGCUCUUUUUGGCUUUUUUUUGCUUUCUCAUUUACAUUGACUUUUUAACAGUACUUUAUAAAGAUGAUCUGGAAGAGAAAGACUGCUCAGUUUGGUAUUUGUGUUCUUUGAGUCAUUGUGCCUUACAGCAGAGUGGUUAAGAGCAGAGGUUCCAAGUCUGAUUGCCUGUGCUGGAAUCCUCGUUCCAUUACUUCCUGGUUCUGUGAUCUUUAGACAACAUGUUUCUCUAUACCGCCAUUUACUUCACUGAAAAUUGGGGUAAAAAUAGUACCUUCUUCAUAGGACUAUUAGGAAUAUUAAGUUAUAUAAUUAUUUUAAACUCUUAGCACAGUGCCUGGAAUAUAAUAAGACUCCAUAAAUGGUAGCAAUUGUUCUUACUUUUAUUGUUAUUAUUAUUUCAGGGGAAAGGGUAACCAACUCCUAACUUUUCUCAUAAUUUUCAAUUAAGUAAUUAUUUAUAGAUAAUGUCUGCCUUUUCUGCUGAGCAAUGUCAGAUCUUAACUGCCCUCUUUGACAGAUGGGAAGCAAGGCAGUAUUGCCCCAUGGAAUGUGUGCUUAUGAGGGUGGGAGGCUAAAAUUCUUAAAUACAAAUUUGUGUCUGCAGAAAAUAAAGUUAUUAGAUAAGAGGACGAGUUACCUAAAUUGUAACUAGUACAUUAAAAAAAAAAAUAACCCAUUGCCAUCAGGUCCAUUCCAACUCAUGGCAACUCCAUGUGUUACAGAGUAGAACUGCUCCAUAGGGUUAUCUUGGCAGUAGUCUUUAUGGAACUAGAUUGCCAGGCCUUUCUUCUGUGGCACCUCUGGGAGGUGGGUUUGGACUGCCAAACUUUAGCUUAGUAAUCGAGAGCAAACUGUUUGUGUCACCUAGUCUAAAAGAAUUACUAAAAGAAGGUCUUCAGAUAAAAAAAAAAAUGAAACCGUAAGGAAAAUUGAAACAUUCAGGAAUGAAGGAGAAGCAACAGAAAUGGUAAUUAUCUGAGUAAAAAAUAAUGAGUUCUAUAAAAUGUUUCAUGAUUGAAAAAUGGUAACAUUGUCUGAUGGCGUUUCCAGGGUAUGUAGAUGUAAUAACAAAGAAGCAAGAUAAAGGGACCUUUAUCAUGGUAAGUUUUCUGUGUUCCACUCAAAGUGGUAAAAUACUGAUUCUGACUAAGCUAAAAAGCUAAAGUAUGUAUAUUCUAAUCUCUAGAUCAGCUACUAAGAGAACUAUGCAAAGAAAUAUAGUCAAAAACACAACAGAUGAAAUACUAAAAAUUGUUUAUUUCGGGGGUGGGGCAAGAGAAGGUUAAGAGACACAGGAAUAAAAAACAGAGGAAACAAACACAAAAUGGUAGACCUAAAUGCAAAAACAUAUCUAUCGUUACAUUAAGUGCAAAUGAUCUUAGCACACAGAUUGUCAGAAUGGAUUUUUAAAAAAGUAACCAAGGAGAAGUCAGCACAACUGGACUAAAACAAAAGUUAAGAAGUUUCCUAAAUACAACCAAACACUUCAAUGAACAGAGUAGCAGGGGCCAGGGGUCUGGGGACCAUGGUUUCAGAGGCCAUCUAGGUCAAUUGGCAUAACAAAGGUUAUCAAGAAAAUGUUCUGCAUUCCACUUUGGUGAUGGCGUCUGGGGUCUUAAAAGCUAGUAAGCGGCCAUCUAAGAUGCAUCAAAUGGUCCCAACCCACCUGGAGCAAAGGAGAAUAGAGAACACCAAAGAAAAGGAAAAUAUGAGUCCAAGUCAAGGCCACAUAAACAAGAGACUUCAUCAGUCUGAGACCAGAAGAACUAGAUGGUGCCCAGUUACAACCGAUGACUGCCCUGACAGGGAACACAACAGAAUCCCUGAAGGAGCAGGAGAGCAGUGGGAUGCAGACCUCAAAUUCUAGUAAAAAAAGACCAGAGUUAAUGGUCUGACUGAGACUGGAGGAACGCCAGAAGACAUGGCCCCUGGAUUCUCUGUUAACCCAGAACUAAAACCAUUCCUGGAGCCAACUCUUCAGACAAAGAUUAAACUGGACUAUGAGACAUAAAAUGAUACUCAUGAAGAGUGUUCUUAGGUCAAGUAGAUACAUGAGACUAAAUGGGCAGCUCCUGUCGGAGGGCGAGAUGAGAAGGCAGAAAGGGAAUGGAAUGGGUUGAAUGGACAUGGGAAAUCCAGGGUGGAAAGGAGGAGUAUGCUGUCACAUUAUAGAGAGAGCAGCCAGGGUCACAUAAAAAGGUGUAUAAAUUUUUGUAUAAGACACUAACAAGCUGUAAACUUUCCCUUAAAGCACAACAAAAAAAAAAAUAAAAGACAAUUCAAAAUGUAGAAUCACAGUGACUUAACAGUUUUUAGCCAAUCUGUGAGAAGGUGAAACUUACGAAGGUUUUGCCCGUUUGUAAUGUUAAUAUAUACUGAUGAUUCUGUAAUGUUCCUUGGACUCAGGCAGACAUGGUUCUAGCAGCAUGCUUGUCCAUUUUCCACUUUUACCUCUUCAAAUGUAUGCCAAAUAAAACCUUUCUUUUUGCUUAAAAAAAAAAAAGCAAA